AUGGUUGAGAACAUAAUAUACGAGGAUACUCCCUUUGCUGAAUAUCUUGCUGAAAUUGGCCGAGAAGAGGAAUUGGUAAAACAACCAGAGCCAAUAGAAAUGAUAAGAGAGGAUUCGCAGGACAAUAAAGUCACAGUAUCUUUAUUCCAAAAAUUUAAAUACGAUUUAACUGAAUAUUUAAGAGAAAAUUUGUCAACGGGAUUACCUUUACAAGAAGAAAAUGACUUUGAGGAGCUUUUCAAAUAUUUAUUAUGUACUUCGCAUCUUUUAAAUGAUACAUUGUCAAUUUAUUUUUACAAUGCAAAGAGACCUCCUUUGUUAGAAAUAAGAGAUUUUGAAUUAUAUUGUUGUGGAUUUUCAAAGAAUAGUUUUGAAAUUAUAUUUAGUUCCAUAAUAGGUUUAAUGAGCAUCCUUACAACAUGGUUAUUAUUAUUUAAUGUUAAUCAAGAAGAUUUCAUAACAAAAAUGAUUCAAUUGAGUAUACCAUUUGCAUUGAUCUCUUUUGUGUCAUAUCGUUAUUUGCGAAGAAAAACCAUGAGAACAUUACACAAAUUAGCAUUAUAUUAUAUAGAGGUUCUUGUGUAUCAUUGUCAAGCUUUAGAUCUCAAAAUUAAUAAAGUGUUGAUUAUGAUUCAAGAGAUCGAAUUAAUAUCUCGUGGCUAUAGAUUGUCAAUGCCACUUUCACCCAUAUCUCGUAUUGAACAACAUUCUAAAAAUCGCCGUUGUUUAGCGCUUAGAGAAACUUUAUACAAUAUACUUAAAGAAGCACUUGACAAAACUGAUAGGCUUUCUUUAGAAAAUUUAAAACAAUGUUUUCAAAAAAUGCAUUCAAAAAGAAGAGAAUGUCUGUGUCAUUUACUUGCUUUAGAUGUGAUGACAACUGGUAGAGAUUCUAAUAGAAGAGACUAUGAGGGCCAUUGGGUAACUGUCAAUACUUAUUUAAAUAAUUUGGGAACAGUUAUUGAACACUAUAUGAACAAAAUCACUCUUGCCUCAACAAAUGAACAAUCAUCUCCAAAACAAGAUAUGCCACAACCAAGUCCAACAAUUAUCAAUAACAAAAAAUUAAAAUCUUAUAUUCAGCGUUUAGCAUCAGUAGAGCAGCAUAUUCGUGCUGUUCAAGCAAAAUUAUAUAUUUGUAAUGAAGAUGCAUGUACUGCCAAAGAGGAUGAGAAAAAUAAACUAUUAAACAAUUAUGAAUCUAUAAAUAAAGAUUUCACUUACAUGUUUCAGGAAUGGGAAGAAGGAAUGAAAGCUUUAAAAGAAGUAAUUGGAUUGACACCAUCAGAUGCUGAUUCUUCUUCUAAUCAGCUUUCACUUGAUGAAGAUGCUGAAACUUUAAGGGAUGAAACUGAUCACGAAGAAAAUUAUAUAAAACAUAAUGUUGAUUGGUCACAAAUUGAUGGUCCAUUUGAUGUACCAGAGCAAGUUUUUAUAGCAGAAGCAGAGCCUGAAGUUUCAUCAAAGAAAAUGACUAGAGAAGAAAGAAUAAUGAUUCAAAAGGCUAAAAGAGAAGAUGAGGCAAAAGCAAAGGCUGCCCGUGUAGAUUCUGAACUUAUGGUACAUGAAUUGAAAGAUGUCUUAAUACGGAGAAAACCUAAAAGUUCUAAAGAUGAAUUUCAUGAAACUCCUGCAGUAGUAACAGCCAAUUAA